ACAUCUUAGAAAUCAAACGAAUACUAUGCAUGCUCGUAUAGUGCACUGUGUACAUGCCAGCACUCAAAAGCUUGUGGACACUGAUACGACUGGGACAGUAUUCGAAAUAACGUACGGAUAAUGUAUUCAUACACCGUGAAGACAUUUAAAGGAAUUACAAUUAACGAUUUAUGUGAUAGCAAUUCUAACAGUCGUUCAUUUUUGUUUUAUAAAUACUUGUAUAUAAGUGUUUUGAGUGCUGUAUGUUAAUGCAUUUUAGUAUUUAUAAACGUACGAACUAUACAAUGUUAAGUUUAAAGUAUUUAUAAAGCUGGUAAACCAACAUACACCAAAGGGAAAUAAAUCGUACAACUAUCGGGAGAUUCGAAUCACGUUCACCCCUGACGCAAUACUAAGUCAUAUUAGACACAGUGAUUUGGUGAUUUUAGACAGUCACGUCCCAAAAUCAUGCUGUAUAUAUAUAAAUUCUCACCGGAAUUAAAAAUUGUUCAGUACAUUUACAUUAUAGAAUCCGGAUAUUUGUGACACAAAAUCAGUUACAGAUGCGAUUACUGCACAACAUGCGGACUGUGGUGUCCACCCAGUGGUUGAGGGAACAGCUAGGCACCGGAAACACGCCGACACGUGCGCUCCGCGUGCUCGAUACUUCAUUCGUAAAGAACAAGGAGAUAGACACCUACACAUCGGCGUAUCUCGAAGAGCAUAUACCACAGUCGCUGUAUUUCGGGUUGCAUAGCUGUGUGGAGAGCACGCCGGAGAUCCCGCGAAACCUUCCGGAAACUCACUGCUUCCAAAAUAACAUGCGGCAGCUAGGCAUCUGGCCCGAUACCCACGUGGUCGCCUACGACAGGUUCGGCCCCUCUUCCGCCUUCCGCACAUGGUGGAUAUUCCGGCUGUUCGGACAUCGUAAGAUCUCGGUCCUUGACGGAGGUUUCAAGAAAUGGAAAGCCGAGGGGUUUGAAACGACAAAACAGGAACCAAUUGUGGCGCGCUCCGACGUAGAGGCUCAGCUGGACCGGAGCCUGAUGCGAACAUAUGAUCAGAUGAUGAUGAACAUCCGAACGCGCCAGGAGCAGAUCGCGGACGCCCGCGCGCCAGACGAGCCCUCCGUCAUGGAAAUUGCGACGGAUGGUGGGAAAAUACCUGGCGCUAAACACGUUGGUUUCAAUGAGCUGUUUACUGAGGAGGGUACAAUCAAGUCUCAAGAAGAAUUAAAAGCCAUGUUUGACGCGGCUGGCCUGGACCUUAAUCGGCCGAUGGUAGCCUCAUGUUUCAGCGGUUUGACGGCAUGUGGGGUCGCAGCCGCCGCCCACAUCCUAGGAAAAGACAUCCCCGUCUACUAUGGUUCAUGGAUGGAGUGGCGGGCGCGGGCCCCGGAGGAGCUCAAGUGUCGGGGUUGUGGCUCCUGUAGUGAGUGUGACAAACUGGUAGUAAAGGUCAGGACUGCCCAGUGACCCACGUUCAAGGUCAAGGGUAAUAUUUGCCGGACACCUCACAACUUGGUCGAGACGGUCUCUAGUUCAUAAAUAUACACACCCAGCUUCGCAUUGAAAGUGGCAAUAUGUGGAUUGGCGCCGAUUUCCAAUUUCAACUGAAAAAAAACUUUCUUUAAAAGUGUUAAUGAACGUCAGUUCACAAGUAGCCAUUCACUUGAGUAAGUACAGGUUUUUCUUGUGCUGUGUAUGUCAGUUUGAUUUGUCGAGUUCCCAAGUUGACCUUCAUGAAUUGGAAAAUGGUCAGUAGAUACCUCCAUGACUUACAACGACUUCCUAAAUCAACUGCUCAAGAUUGAAUCUCAUGUUGUAGAUAUAAUUUUAUAAUUAUAAUAAUUUAUGUACAUAGGAUGUUUACAUCAUCUUUUUUAUAUAUAUUUUACCGCUAUGAAGUCUGUAUUUUUUAUAAAUAAAAUUUAGGACUGAA